CCGAUCUGCAAGCUGCAGCCAGGAGGGAAAUACUUCCCGUUUUUGUUCUUCCUCACUUGUGGUCGUUAUAUAUCCUAAUCAUCAGGAAUUAUUGUGUCCUCAAGAACAUUUGAGAAGUGGCUGGUGUUGAGCAUCCAGUUAGUAGUGGACCAAUAAACCAUACAAUGACCACAAACCUGGAAGAAGUCCUGAGGAACACUCUGGACAACCUCACAGGAGCAGAGUUUAAGAGGUUUAAGCACUACCUGCGGGACCAGGGCAGAGUCGCAUGGGGAAAGCUGGAGAAGGCCGACACAGACGACGCCGUGGACUUGAUGGUGGAGGUGUACGGCACGGACGCGGGGAGCAUCACGCUGACCAUCUUGCGGAAGAUGAACAACCAUCAGUUGACAGAGGACUUGGAGAGAGAUCUAGAGAGAUAUUAUGAUGAAGCACAUGCAGCAACAAGGAAGAAAUCAUCACUAAUACAAAAGCUUCAGGAGCACCUGAAAAACAGAUUUCCUGUCGUACAUCAAGAGUCUGGAGAUUUCAGAUUACAAGAUACUUAUAUUGACGUUCGUAUCGAAGAAAGCCAUAUGAGAGAAGACUUUGGAACAGGACCAAGCUCUGAAGCUAAGCAAAUUGACUUGGAGAAAAUGUUUGCUGCCACAUCUGCCACAAGAGUUUUGACAUUGGGAACUGCUGGCGUAGGGAAAACCGUUGCAGUGCAGAAGUUUGUCAUGGACUGGGCUGAGAGAAAAACAAAUCAAGACAUAGACUUUGUUUUUCUUCUUCCAUUCCGAGAGCUGAACUUAAGGAGAAAAAAAUGCUACAGCCUUUUUGAUCUUAUUCUUGGGUUCUACCCUGAACUCGAAGAUUUGAGAAACCUCCCUGAAUUCAGUGAAAGCAAAAUGCUUUUUGUCUUUGACAGCCUCAACGAAAGCCAACUCCAGCUAGACUUUGAUGGGUGUAUUUGUGACCCUUAUGAGAAGUCUUCCGUGGACAUCCUCAUCUCGAGUCUCAUCAAAGGUACCCUCCAACCUUCUGCACUCAUCUGGGUCACAACCAGACCAGCAGCUGCCAGUCUGAUCCCAUGUGAGUACUUCAACAUGAAGACAGAGGUGCGUGGAUUCAAUGACCCCCAGAAAAUUGAGUUCCUCCAGAAGAGUAUCAGGAAUCCAGAAAAGGCCAACAGAGUCAUUGAAUUUGUCAACAACAAAAGAAGCCUUCAUGUCAUGUGUCAGAUACCACUAUUCUGCCACAUUGUAGCCAACGUGCUGGAAGAGAUACUGGAAGAUCAGAACAAAGAGGAGCCACCCAAAACUUUGACUGAAAUGUACGCAUCAUUCAGUGUUCUUCAGAUAAAAAACCUUCACUGGAGUGCACUGGAAAAAGGACAGCUCCUUAUUAAACUUGGGAAACUGGCAUUUAGACAUCUGGAGAAAGGCACCUUGAUGUUUUUCGAGAAAGACUUGAUAGCAUGUGAUCUUGAUGUGAAAUCUGGAGCUUUUGAUGCUAGAGUGUUCACAGAGAUCUUGAAAAUGGAAAGUGGCAUAACUGGAGAGAACACCUUUAGCUUUGUGCACCUCAGUGUACAAGAAUUCCUUGCUGCUCUUUAUGUUCUUCAUGAAAGUGGUCAUGGGGAAAAUCCUCUUCUUAAGACUGUGAGUGAGAAGAUCAGUUGGUUGUCUACACCAUCAAGGUUUCACCUUUAUGAGUUUGCUGUGGAAAAGGCCCUGCAGAGCAAGAUUGGACAAUUGGACCUAUUCCUGUGCUUCCUUCUUGGCCUGGCUCCAAUGUUGGAGCCUGAAAUCCAGCCCCCACUGGAUGUAGUGCUGCCACAGUUAGCUACCAGAGAAGUAAGCACUGAGAAAACAGUUCAAUACAUCAAGGAGAAGAUCAAAGAGGACGUCUCACUAGAACAGCUCAUUAAACUCUUCCACUGUUUAAAUGAGCUUGGGGACAGUUCACUGGCGGAGGAGAUCAUCGGGCACAUAAACUCAGAAGAGGAGAAGAACCUGACUCCAGCCCAGUGCUCAGCUCUGGCCUACCUGCUGCUGAUAUCAGCUGAAGACUUGGAGGAGUUUGAUCUGAAGAAAUACCUUAGAUCAGAAGCAGGGCUCCACAGAAUGCUCUCUGUAGUCAAAGUUUCUAGGAGAGUUUGGCUAAAUCGGUGUUGCCUAUCUAAAGCAAGCUGUGAACUAUUGGCAUCAGUGCUGCAAGGGAUAGCAUCUAAUAUCAGAGAACUGGAUAUGAGUGACAAUGACCUGCAGGAUGAAGGAGUGGAGCUGCUCUGUGUGGGACUAAGAGACCCACAAUGCAAGCUGGAGACACUGAGGCUAAACCGUUGUCACCUCUCUCAUGAGAGCUGUGAACUGUUGGAUUCUGUUCUGCGAGUAUCGACAUCCCAUCUCAGAGAACUGGACAUGAGUGACAAUGACCUGCAGGAUGAUGGAGUUGAGCUGCUCUGUGUGGGACUAAGAGAACCACAAUGCAAGCUGGAGACACUGAGGCUAAAUCGAUGUCACCUCUCCAAAGCAAGUUGUGAAAUGAUGGCUUCAGUGCUGCAAAGGACUCCUUCCCAUUUCAAAGAACUGGACUUGAGUGAGAAUGACCUGGGGGAUGAAGGAAUAGACCUGCUCUGUCUUGGACUGUGGGAAUCACAUUGCAAGCUUGAGACACUGAGGUUGUCUCUUUGUGUGAUCACACACAAGGGCUGUUCUCUCUUGGCCUCUGCCCUCAAAUCAAACCCUUCCUACCUGAAACAUCUGGACCUCAGCUGCAAUCACCCAGGAGAGUCAGGUGUCAGAGAGCUCACAGAAAGACUGAAUGAUCCCAAUUGUAAACUAGAGACUUUCAAGUAUGACCAUGGAGGAGAGUUUAGGAGUAAACCAGGAAUAAGAAAAUAUGCCUGUGAGCUCACACUGGACCCAAGCACGGCCACCAGAAAUAUCUUCCUCGCUUUGAAUAAGAAAAGUUUUAAACACCAUGACAAGUUGGACUCCUACUGCUGUCAGGUGCUGUGUCAAGAGGGUCUGUCUGGACGCUGCUAUUGGGAGGCUAAGUGGACUGGUCAUAUGGCUUCGAUAGGAAUGACGUACAAAAACAUCCAGAGAAAAGGGAAUGGUUCUAACUGCAGUCUUGGAGAUGAUGACAAGUCAUGGACUGUGAAUUUCUGUGGGGAAAUUGUUGACACUAUUACCGGAGUUGGCACUUCACACGAUGGUUUCAUUCACUUUGCCCGCCACAAUAAUAAGGAGACUGAGAUACUUAAUCCACCCCCCUGCUCCAAAAGAGUAGGUGUGUUCCUGGACUGGCCCGCAGGUGCCCUGUCCUUCUACAGCGUCUCCUCCGACACACUCACUCACCUGCACACGUUCCACUCCACAUUCACUGAGCCCCUCUAUCCUGGGUUCAGGUGCCAUAAGUCCACAGUGGACUUGUGUCAGAUCACAUGAUCUACUAAGCCUGGAGGAGCACCAGAGCCUGCAGAAGUGUCUCACAAACAACAGUGUCAUGACAUUCUGUAAUGAAAUAUACAUAAUAUAUAUAUAUAAUAGACCUUGAAUUUCCCCUUGGGGAUCAAUAAAGUAUAUAUCUAUCUAUCUAUCUAUCUAUCUAUCUAAUACAUAAUAAUUAAUUAAACAUUUUCUGACAUGUUGAUAAACAUGUUCCUAGAAAUCAAGGAAUUCAAUUGAUUUAACAUUAUAUUCAUAGUUAAAUGUUCAUAAAAUUGUUAAGGAAUAAAACGGAGGAAAUAGAUGUUUUCUCUUCUAAGCCCAUCUUUUAAGUUUAUGUAUCUGUGGUGGGCUAAACAAUUUGCCUGAUUGCUUUUUAGCACACACAUUAUCUGUAACAAGGAUCUCCAUAAUUUAUAGGAAUUAUGUAUGUGUGUUGUAUUACACUGCACAGUUCAUGCACAAUUUAAAUGUAUAAUAUUUUGAAUUUGUUGUAUUGCGUGUCCAUUGUGUUGUUUUUCCAAUAUUGUAACACAUUCCUGCCAAACAAGCUUCUUUGAACUUGAAAUAAAAUAACUGUUUUUAGGUAAUCUUCAACUUACACUUACACUA